GCGACAAUAACAAAGGGAUCAGUGGGGAGCUCGGGAAGGCUGAUCUACGUCUUUGCUCAGUGUUUCUUCUAAGAAGAAUAUUUUAUAUACAUACAUAUAUAUUCUCAUAAGUGUUUUUAAAUUAAUACACUCUCUACCUCUACGCUUAACGGAACGCUUCUCCCAGUCCUUCGUUCUUGCCACACGGGCACACCUUUUGCACACACAGUAAGAAGCAUGACUGCUGCUGGGCCUGCUCCCCUGCAGUGAGACACCAGUCCUAUGCACUUUAGCGCCCUCUUCAGACGCCUUCCCGAGUGGCCCUGGUGGCCAUUGAGCAGAGCACCCGGUGCUGCGCAGACCCGCCCGACCACCCAGGACUCCCCAGCAUGUUCCAGCGGUUCACCAGCGCCCUGUUCGGGGACGACACUGCAGCUGCCAGCCAAUGUCCCAUGGGACUCGGCUUUGACGAGAAGGAGGAAGACGAAUGGAUCCUUGUGGACUACCUAGCUGAGGCCUGUGUGGGACGCCGCAGCGAGAGGUCAUCAGGGACAUCUCCGUCGGAUGAGAUUCUGCCUGCCGAGCGCCCCGCCCACCGCUCUACGUCCUGCUCCUCUUUGGAUUCCGACUUGGACGAUCCCGAGGAUGGGGACUUCCUGCGGCUAGGCAUGUGUGACCUGGAGGACAGCUGGUUCAUCACACCACCCCCCUGCUUCACAGCUGGCGGCCGCGGGCCCGUGCUCCUGGAGACCAGCCCGCUGGAGAACCUACUGAUUGAGCACCCCAGCAUGUCCGUGUACGCGACGCACGCCCGCCUCCUUGCCCAGGAAAAGAGCCCCAGCCGCUCGCUGGACCAGUCCCUCCUCCGGUCAGAGGCUUCCCUUUCUGCAGACUCCCCGACCAGCUGCACUGUUGCGCAUUCGGCCAGCAUGGACUUCCCAGAGCAGGCCAAGCAGGUGCAUCUGGGACGGCGCGUCCGAGACAAUGCAGAGAGGCAGCGCCUGUCCCGCAACAGCCUGCGCCGCCGCAACCCACCGCAUGAGGGUGCCGGGCGGUUGGCCAAGGGGUGUGGACUGCUUGUGCACCAGCCGGUGCAGAGGCAGUUCAACUACUGAGCCCCCGAUCCGUAAGCACCACCCCACACUCUCCCCGCCCCAAACCUCGCUGGGAUGUCACCUCCUGCAGGAAUGUCCUGGAAAACACCCAGAUUCAAUGCUGUUGGACCUUCUGCUCUGGGGCAGGUUCCCUCUGGAUUUUGAGUAGCACAGGACACAGCCCUGGUUUUUAAAGCGAACACCACUUAUUCUCAGAGAUAUAGAAAGUGUGUGUGUGUGUGUGUGUGUGCGUGUGCGCACACACACGCGCGCCUGUGUGUAAAUUUUGUUUGUCCAAAAUCCGUUUUGGAUCGUGUCUGUUGCACCUACGCCAAGGAUGUCCUUUCUUCUGUCUCCCAAGAGUCUGUCAUCAUCCUUAUUUAUAUCAAAAUCGAAGGUGGAAGGGGACACCUGUACAGUAAAGAAACCUAAACAGGUUAUUUUUUUCCUUGACAUGAGGGAAACUAGAUCAGCUGCACCUUUAUAAUGUGGAGUUAACCUGCCUUUUACAAUUCAAUACCUUCAGUUUAGUUUUGUUUUUAUUUUCCAUGUCAGAUGUACUGCGUUAAUUAUCACUAAACGCCUUUUGAAAUGUUUGUGGACCUGAAAUGAAAAUAUAUGUAGAUGGAAAAAGUAAGAAAAGAGAACAU